UCUAAUAUGUAAAUCUGCUUCUAAAUAAUUUCAGUAAGUCCAAGUGUAUCCUCUGAUCGCAUGUUAAGAGUAUACGAUGAAAAUGGAGUGGUUGAAGUAAUCGAUCCAUCAGUUCCUACUAUUGAAGCAUUUGCCUCUACAUCCGACAUUACACUUUAUCUAUACACCCAAAACAAUGCUUCAACUCCUGAAAUACAUGCGCUGGACGCUAGUGCACUUUCAUCAUCAUCCAAUUACGAUUCUUCAAAGCAGAAUAUCUUCUUGAUUCAUGGUUGGCGAAACAGUUACUCUAGUAAUUUUAACGAACUCAUUAGGUCCGCCUAUAUGGAUGUUAUUGAUGCUAAUAUAUUCGUGGUAGAUUGGAGUUCGAUAUCUCGUACUUUGUACACAAUUGCAUUCGCAAACGUUCCCGAUAUUGGAAGACUUUUGGGACAAUUCAUUGCGAAUAUGCAAAGUGAGUUUCGACUGGACGCCGAUAAAUUCACAAUUGUAGGUCACAGUCUUGGGGCUCAUAUAGCUGGAUGCGCCGGGGCAGCUAUAAAUAGUAGCAUUGGUGUAAUAGUGGGAUUGGAUCCUGCGGGACCUCUCUUUCACAGUAGUGAAACGGACAAUAGAUUAGACCCAUCGGAUGCCCAAUUCGUUCAAGCAAUUCACACUUGUGCUGGUAGAUUGGGCUAUCGAGGUAGUCUAGGAACUGCUGAUUACAGACCUAAUGGAGGAGGAAAUCAGCCUGGUUGCACUCUUGAACCAACUGGUUCGUGUGCACACGGUAGGGCUUUCGCAUUAUUUGCAGAAUCUGUAAGAUCAGGAGGUGCGUAUUUGCCCCAGCUCAGUCUAUGUCCUCAUCACUUAGACCGCUACGCCGUGGGAUCGGCUUCACUUAUCGAUAUCCUUAAUCGUAACGUGGUAUUGUCAAACAAUAAUGGACAAAGCAAUUGGUAG